UUACACGUCAGGUUAUAAUAUUGAAAAGACAGUUAUACAGAUGCGUGUUGGACGUGUUUAGUGGACUCAUAUUGAGUGAUAUCCAGCACUAGUUCACCCAUAAUCACCUCUGAGGAAAGGUUAGCAAUCCACCUAGACUUUGAUCAACUCCGAAUAUCAUUUAAGUGCCACUCCUUAUGGGCUAUAUAUCUCUCUCUCCUUACACAACCACAUGCAAGAGAGGCUCUGUGAUCAACCAAGCAGAGCUUCAGUACUAGCUUCCUCUUCUACAUCCACAACCAACACGCCCCCAAUCCAAAGAACAGAGAGGCAUGCAGGCCAUAGCAGUAGUGUGCUUCUCGCUGCUGCUAUGUUCCUAUGCAAAAGCAUCGCUCUGGAGCGGGGGCAGCAAUGCCACGGCGUCUGACGAAGUCGCGCUCAUCCACUUCAAGUCCAAGCUGUUGGACCCAACUGGGUCGCUGGCUUCAUGGAAUAUGUCCAACCACUUUUGCUCCUGGCGAGGAGUUACAUGCAGCAGGCGGCAUCCUGGAAAGGUUAUUGUGUUAAAUGUGAACUCCUCUUGUCUGUCUGGACGUAUCUCGCCAUUCUUGGGCAACCUCUCCUUCCUCAUGAUACUCAACAUCGGCAACAACAAACUCUUCGGGGAGAUCCCCCCAGAGCUUGGCCAUAUGGGUAGGUUGCAAGAGCUCAACCUCAGCAUGAACUCUUUGCAAGGAAGCAUCCCAUCGGUCUUGGGAAAGUGCAGUAAGCUCGUCAUACUUGGUCUUAAGAAUAACCACCUUCAAGGUGAGAUCCCAGUAGAGCUGGGUUCCUUGAAAAAUCUAGUCGUUUUGAAUCUUUAUGCCAACUAUUUGUCUGGAGAUUUCCCUCCAUUUUUGGGUAACAUGUCAUCACUCCAACACUUGAAUUUGGGAAACAACACAUUCACAGGACCAAUUCCUACAUCUCUGAGCCACCUAUCAGGUCUGUCUAUACUUGUCCUUGAGUACAACAAUCUAUCUGGAGCUAUUCCACCUGCAGUUUGGAAUAUUUCUUCUCUGACCCAUAUUUCUGUGGUGGGUAAUGCGCUGAGUGGGACAAUACCCCCAAAUGCACUCAGUAAUCUUCCUGCUCUGCAGGAAUUACUUUUGAGCGCAAAUCGGUUUCAUGGCCAUAUCCCAACUUCGUUGGCCAAUGCUUCUAACCUGCAAUACUUUGAGAUCGUGAAAAACAAUUUUAGCGGCUUAGUUCCCUUGGAGGUUGGACUCUUACAAAGUCUCCAGUCGAUAAACUUUGCCUAUAAUUUUCUCGAAGCUAAAGAAACCAAAGAUUGGAAGUUCAUGACUGCCUUAACAAAUUGCUCCCAAUUGAUAUAUUUGGAACUAGAUUACAAUAGAUUUAGAGGUAUGCUUCCCACUUCUGUUUCCAAUCUAUCCACUUCACUUCAGUAUUUCACUUUGUCACAUAAUGAAAUAUCAGGUAUUAUACCCGAAAGAAUAGGCAAUGUUGCCGGUCUACAAGUUGUUGCUUUGGAGUACAAUUAUUUAACAGGAACUCUCCCCUAUUCUUUGAGUAAGCUUGGUAACUUGGUAGACUUGUCAUUGGCAGAAAAUGGCUUAAGUGGGCAAAUCGACCUAGCCAUAGGAAAUUUUACCCAAUUAAAUUACUUGUAUCUUGAAGUCAAUUUAUUUACUGGUAGCAUACCAAGCAGCUUAGGAAAUUUGUCAUCCUUGUUAGAAAUAAGCCUUUCUAGCAAUAACUUCAGCGGCAUGAUCCCAAGUAGUAUAUUCAACAUUCCCUCACUCUCUGGAUACUUGGAUCUUUCUCAUAACCAGUUGGAAGGGACAAUACCACCUGAAGUUGGAAAUCUAAAAAGUGUCAUAUUAUUCCUGGCUCACUCGAAUAGAUUAUCAGGUGAAAUACCUGCUACCCUUGGUGAAUGUCAACUUCUCCAGAAUCUCCAACUGCAAAAUAACUUCUUUGAAAGUAGUAUCCCAUUGCUAUUGAGUAGGCUCAAGGGUUUAGAAAUUAUUGACCUCUCAAGAAACAAUCUGUCAGGCUGGAUACCUAUGUUCUUCGAGAAUCUUACUGCGCUCCAGUAUCUGAACCUCUCUUUUAACAACCUUGUUGGCGAAGUGCCAACUUUUGGCAUUUUCGCAAAUGCUACUGCAGUUUCGGUGCAGGGCAAUGCCAAGCUUUGUGGGGGCAUCCAAAGCCUUCAGUUGCCUCGAUGUUCAUCUGAAUCAUCAGAGAAGAAGCACAGAUUUCCAGUGAUGCCUGUGAUACUUUCCCUCGUGGGAGCACUGCUCGUGCUUUUGUUGUUGAUAUAUUUCUUGUUUACUUGGAACAAGAAAAGACUAGCAAAUGGCCCUUCGGCAUUGUCCUUACAGGGACGUCCGUUGUUUUCGUACUCGCAGUUGCUAGAAGCAACAGAUGGUUUCGCAACAACUAAUUUGCUGGGUACUGGAACUUUUGGGUCUGUAUACAGAGGAAAAAUUAAUGGUGAAACUGGCGAGAAUUUUAUUGCUGUGAAAGUACUAAAACUUCAGACACCUGGGGCACUUAAAAGUUUCACAGCUGAAUGUGAAGCUAUGAGAAACCUGCGUCAUCGGAAUCUUGUCAAGGUAAUCACAGCUUGCUCAAGCAUUGAUUUUAGAGGGAAUGACUUCAAAGCGAUUGUGUUUGAGUUCAUGCCUAAUGGUAGCUUAGAAGAUUGGCUACAUCCUAACUCACAUGACAAAAGAGCGCUGAUAAACUUAAAUCUCCGUCAAAGAGUGAGCAUACUCCUUGAUGUGGCUUAUGCCUUGGAUCAUCUUCACUUCCACGGUGCUAUCCCAAUUGUUCAUUGUGAUAUUAAGCCAAGUAAUGUGCUUCUCGAUGCUAAUAUGGUAGCUCAUGUUGGAGAUUUUGGACUUGCUAGAAUUAUUACUGAGGGGUGCUCAUCUUUCAAGCCCUCAACUAGUUCAAUGGGAUUCAGAGGAACUAUUGGUUAUGCUCCUCCAGAAUACGGUGCUGGAAAUACAGUUUCAACUCAUGGCGACAUUUAUAGCUAUGGAAUUCUUGUUCUUGAGAUGGUGACUGGAAGGAGACCCGUGGACAGUUCAUUCGAGCAAGGAUUAAGCCUUCGCAUGUAUGCUGAGAUGGCUGCAAACACCAGAGUUAUGGACAUUGUUGACGCCAAGUUGGUGAUGGAGUUUGAAAAUGAGCUUGCAACUUCGGAUGGUCCCUCAAACAGAAAAAUGGUUGAUGCCGUGAUUUCACUGCUUAAACUUGGGAUGUCGUGCUCUGAGGAAACGCCAUCUGGUAGAAUGUCAACCAAAGAUAUCAUCAAGGAGCUGCAUGCGACCAAAAAGGCACUAAUUCAAGUAGAACAAGAAAGUGAAGAUAUGCCUAGCGCUUUUUGCUAGAUUUUGAAGAAAUUAUGCAAUAUGUUGUCAUGUAUCACUUGAAAUUUUCAGAAUCAUUCCCGGAUUUGUGGGUUGAAUAAAAUGUAAAACAUCUUCUUUGACUUAAAAGGUGUUAUUUAUAGUUAACUAGAGUUCUUAUCUGUACUCUCUAA